CCUGAGACCCCGGCAGAGGAAGCUUGCCCUGGUCCCUUUCUGCUGAUUUAGGUUGACUAAGCAGUGGGCCUUGCGUGCGACAAUUACGGAUCAGCUACCACUCAAGUGAAUAUCACUACUUCACGGCCCACUUCCACCAGAAGAGCUACUGCGCCCAGGAGAUUUCCCAUUAUCUAGGAUUUUACCCCAUAUCAGAUCAUUCUCAAGUAAAGCAGCGAAGAUGAGUGCGGAUUCGAAACAGCAUCUGCUGGACGCCGAGAAGAGCAUCAAGCGCAACCCACACCCCGAUUUCAAAAAGGUUGAAGCUUCUCGUCCCAAAUGGGAUGAAUCGAAAGGAUUCGCAUAUACACAGACCAGGAAUCCCAAUUGGAAACCUGGCGAUGGGCCGAAUGACGGCGGAGAAUGCCUCACGAAGGAACAUCGAGAAAUCGACCCUUACGCGAAAGGUCGCCCUGCGGUCUUCAAUUACAAACUCCUCAUCUCUGCGAUCGUCCCUAGGCCAAUAGGUUUUGUCAGCACAAUAUCAAAGGAUGGAUCUAGCACGAAUCUCUCGCCCUUCAGCUACUUCAACAUGGUCAACCACGAUCCUCCUGUUUUCGUCAUCGGGUUCUCCGGAGGCUUCAGCUUGAUGAAAGACAGUCUAAGGAACCUCACCGAGACCGGCGAAUGUUGUAUCAAUAUUAUUUCCGAGCACUAUAUCGAAGCCGCGAACUCUACCUCAGUCAAUGCGCCCUAUGGUAUUUCCGAGUGGGCUCUCUCCGGACUGCAUCCAGCUCCUUGCAAGAAGGUCGCCGCUUCCCGUGUUAAGGAAGCUGUAUUCAGCGUUGAGGGGAAGCUGAUGGACACUAAAGAGUUUGAGAGUCGAUCAACAGCGGGCAAGAAGACAGGGGUGAUGACGAUCAUAGAGGGGGUCAACUUCUGGGCGCGAGAAGACUCGGUGAACGAGGAGGGAAAUCAGAUCGAUCCCGACAUUCUUCGCCCUAUGAGUCGUCUUGGUGGUAUCACCUACGGCCGACUUGUCGAUGGAAUGGAGUUACCUCGUCCAGAAUACAAGCAUAUGAUCGCUUCGGACGAAGCACAGAAGCUAGCGAAGCCAAAGGCAGAAGGACAGUAAGAUAACAAUUGAUCUGAUCAAUGCUGGUUUGCCACAGGCAGCCAAUUCGAGAAACAGGUAUAUGGUAGCUCCACGACUUUGAAAGCGAAAUCUCAGGUAUUACUAGUCAUAUUUCAAUCGGCAACCAGUGGUAUUAUCACAUAGGUACUAGAUCAAUAGAAUUGCCAUGCCCUAGGCUAGAUUCUUCAAAUACGUAAACAGCAG